GAAAGAACAGAACAGAGCAACCAAUCCACUGCGGGACACGCAGGCAGCCAGUCUAUUUCCGACUGCCUUCGACUCUACACGCGUUAUAACACACCCUCUCCUAACCCCCCUUCUUCCUUCCGUACAUAUAGUAUUUCUUCCUCGUAGUACAGUGAAAAACAGAUUUACUUGUGGUCGUCAACAUGUUAUAAACUCCACGUUGUGUUGUGUCUUCUCCCUUGCGAACCUGACAAAUAACCCAACACUCAGGAAGAAAAAAAAAGAUGAUGCGUCGGUUAGAUCGAUGGAUCAACUAUGCGGGCAAUCAUCGAUCGUGUUUCAGUUUUGGCAUCAUUUUGAUCGUCAUUCAUUUGGUUUUGGUUGCCGAACGGGUCUACCAAUACAGACACUCGGGCGCGUGGAUUGUAAUCGCCAGGUCGUCAGCUCAGUGCCUACACUUGGAUUGCGCGUUGGUCUUGUUACUAACGCUUCGCAGAAGCUUCACAUGGCUCCGUUCGAGAGGAAUGGACUGGCUUCUGCCGCUUGAUCGGACCAUCUACUUCCACAAAAUGAUCGGAUGGCUCAUCUGUGUCUUCAGUGUGGUCCACACGUUGGCUCACAUCAUCAACUACGGAAUCAUGAGCCGUGCAACCGGCGUCAACAUGAGGGAUUACCUUUUCGACAAGACUGCAGGUUGGAUUCCUGGAAUCGUUACUCCCAGUGGUUUCGCAAUCUUGUUUCUCCUACUCAUCAUGGGACUCUUUUCCCAUCGUCUCGUCCGGAAGUCGGGUCGUUUCGAGCUAUUCUACUGGACCCAUAUGCUGUGCCUUCCCUUCUUCUUGUUGAUGAUUAUGCAUGCUGGCAACGUAUGGAAGUGGCUCAUCGGACCUUUAUGUCUCUUCGGAGCCGAGAUUGGCUAUCGCAUCGGAUUUAUUUGCUGUUCAGAGCGAGGUAGAACUAAGGUCACCUCUCUACAACUUUUACCUAACCAGGUGGUUCGACUCAAGAUUGAACGCCCACCUUACUUCGAGUAUAAUGCCGGAGAUUAUGUCUACGUCAACAUACCUCAUGUCGCCAGAUUCGAAUGGCACCCCUUCACAAUCAGCAGUGCUCCAGAGGACGAAGAUUACAUGACGCUCCAUGUGAGAGUGGCGGGCGGAUGGACCGGACGGCUCUACUCAAUGUGUCAGGAAGACGCCACUAGGCUAGAGCGACAGCAGUCUAGGCAAAGAAUUGCCCAGCAGCAGCUUGAUAGUAAGUUAAGUCCAUUCCAGUCUAUGCCAAUGCAGUUGGAGAAGUCAACAGUAGCCGCGGGCCAGGAUAAUCCCGCAUUCCAUGAACAAGAGUCUACCUCACUGCCCGCACUGAAUACCGAAGUUGCCAUCAGCAUUAUUUCGACAGCCGAACCUAGCAGAAGCAACUGCAAGGAUCUGUUACCAAUAGAAAUGCCCAUUAUGCUGGAUGGUCCAUACAGUGGAUCGGCUAUGCGAGCGUGGAAUUGUCGCCACGCACUGUUCAUUGCCGGUGGAAUAGGUGUAACACCGUUUGCUUCUCUUCUUCAAUCUCUGGUGAGUAGAUACCAGAGCUCGAUGAAUGCCUGUCCACAUUGCCACCAAUCCUGCUGCACGAAUGUUCCCACCUCACUGGGCAAACUACGUCACGUGGAUUUCAUGUGGGUGAAUCGAGAUCUCCUCAGCUUCCAAUGGUUCCUGGAACUUUUGUUGGAUUUAGAUAAAGAACAAUCUGUCAGGGGCAGCGUUAUGGAGAACUUUCUCGACAUCCAGCUGUUUCAAACAGGUACCAAAAUAAUGCCUGAUCCUCACCAGCCGUGCGCCAGUUGCUGUGAGUCUCUAGCAGUCCUUCCGCAAAUACAAACGAACCUGCUAGAUGACGCAAUCGUCCAAUCAGCACCAGCUUCCCAAGUGACGGGUAGAUGCCCUUAUUGCACAAUCCGACAAGUGAAGCAUUUACUCAACUACGGUCGACCUGUCUGGGAUAAGGUGUUUAGGGAUGUGGCUCUACGUAGUGGAGGUCGAGUGACGGUGUUCUAUUGCGGUCCAGCAUCGAUGGCCCGCGUUGUUAUGGCACAAUGCAAAAAGUUUGGUUUCACUUUCACCAAAGAAAUCUCCUGAACGCGAAAUUAUUUUAUGAAAACGAAAAGUAAAAAUAAAGAUCUAUACGGCUACACGGGACAGAAGUUAAAAAAAAAAACAACAACAAAACAACUCACCACACCUUCUAAUCUCAUGUGA